GUAAAAGGACAACAAUUGAAUCAUUCAGAACAAUCUUACCUGAAUAUGCUGCAUUCAAUAGACAUUUAAAUUAUGAUGAACUCUCAGAACAAGGUAAAAAUAACAAUACCGAUGUCUUUGUGAAUUCAAAUAAUUCUAUCAUUCAAAGUGAUGAUCAUAUGAAUUAUGGUCCACAGACUUAUAAAAGUCGUAGUCCACGUAUACCUUUUUCACGUGAUCAAAUAAUUGGAUUAGAACAAAAAUUUCAAAAUUCAAAAUAUCUAAGUGGAUGGGAAGUGAAGCAAUUGGCAAAAAGCUUAAAUUUGACAGAGACUCGCGUAAGUAACUUUAUUUAA